AUGUCCGAAACUAAUGACGACCCCGAUAAUACAAAAGAACCAGUGUCAUUCAAGUCAUUGGGGAUAAUAGAUUCGCUAUGUGAAGCUUGUGAGCAAGUGAACUACAAGCAACCAACUGAAAUACAAGCCGAAGCUAUUCCUUGGGCAUUGCAAGGUAGAGACAUAAUAGGUUUGGCACAGACAGGAUCAGGGAAAACUGCUGCAUUUGCAUUACCAAUACUACAAGCAUUAUGGGGCGCACCACAAGGACUAUUUGCUUGCGUAUUAGCACCUACCAGGGAACUGGCUUUUCAGAUAAGCGAAGCCUUUGACUCUCUUGGUUCAACGAUUGGUGUCCGAUGUGCGGUAAUAAUUGGCGGAAUGGACAUGAUGUCUCAAGCGAUAGCUCUGAGCAGAAAGCCACAUAUUGUUAUUGCUACACCCGGUCGGUUACAAGACCAUUUGGAAAACACAAAAGGGUUCAGUCUGAGGAAUCUGAAAUAUUUGGUUCUCGAUGAAGCCGACAAACUCUUGGAUAUGGACUUUGGACCAGUAAUCGAUAAACUUCUCAAAUCCAUUCCCAAAGAACGAAAAACGUAUCUUUUUUCUGCGACCAUGACUACAAAAGUCGCCAAAUUACAACGUGCCUCCUUGACUAACCCGGUUAAGAUUGAAGUGUCAUCAAAAUAUUCUACAGUCUCAACUCUUUUGCAAUAUUAUCUCUUCUUCCCACUUAAACAUAAAGACUGCUACCUCGUCUAUCUCUGUAACGAAUUAUCCGGCAACUCUAUCAUAAUCUUUACACGAACAUGUUCAGAGACACAACGAUUAGCAUUGUUAUUACGAAAUCUGGGUUUCCCAGCUAUACCGCUACAUGGACAGAUGAGUCAGAGCAAGAGGUUGGGCGCAUUGAAUAAGUUCAAGGCCGGAAAUAGGAAUUUGUUGAUAGCCACUGAUAUUGCUAGCAGAGGCCUGGAUAUUCCCUUAGUAGACGCUGUAAUCAACUUUGAUAUUCCUCAAAAUUCCAAAGAUUACAUUCAUCGGGUUGGCCGCACUGCUCGUGCCGGACGAUCAGGAAAGUCUAUUACCCUGGUGACUCAAUACGACGUUGAACUCUUCCAACGGAUUGAACAGGUGAUUGAUAAAAAGAUGGAGCAGUUCCCACUAGGAGACAAGGAAGAGGUGUUGUUGUUGCAAGAGCGGGUUGCGGAAGCACAGAGAAUCGCCACGAUCGAGUUGAAGGAGUAUAUAGGGAAGAAGAAGAGAGGGAGAGGAGAGGGUGAUUACAAUGAUGGUGAUGAUACGGGUAAGGAUAAGUUGGUAGGAGGUUCGAGGGGUUUCGGACCUGGGCCAGGUGUAAAUAGAAAAGGAAGAAUCGGGAAGAAGAGAAAGUAA